UCCUCCAAAAAUCAGCUGUUACACGUUGAUGUACUAUAAACCCAACACAUCAUUCCUCAAACUCCACGUCUACCUGAUACGACAGGAUCCUGCUCUGGAACAGAUAAUGGACAAGAAAGAAUCCUCACAUGGAUUUAAAAAAAUCCCAAAACCACACCCAGACAAGUACCUGCAAACUGAGCGUACUUUCAGCCUCAGAGCCGACAUGGAAACAGCAGAAAUUCAACCAAAGGAGUUAACCUUCAGAUAUAACAGUCUGAACUUCUAUGAAGUGUUUAUUGAGAAUCCAGGCAGACAGUUUCACCUUACACUCCUACACUCAAAUGAUGGUGAUCCAGUGGAUGGACCAGUUUGGAUAUGCAAAAUUCAAAAAGAUGACCAUCCAUUGUCAGGUCACACUGAAGUUCCUUCCUGUUCAGAGAAAUACUCUGGAGAUGAACACCUGUCUGCACAGGGAGGGAAAGCAUCGUGCAAGUCAGACAGAAAGAGGCACUUUGGAAUGUCGAAAGAUCUGGAAGUGAAAGAUCCUAAACAGUUGAAGGAGCUCCCGAGGGUCCGUGAAGCUGGGGCAAGAAUGCCAAAGGCAUUAACAGUCCAAACAGACAGAGAGAAGCUUUUUGGAAUGUUGGAAGAUCUGAAACAGGAGGAGCUUGAAAAGUUCAAGUGGUUCCUGCGGGACCGUGAUGUUUUGGUGGAGUUCCAACCCAUCCCAGAGAGCAAACUGGAAAAGACCAGCACCUGUAACCUGGUGGAUCUGAUGUUCGGGGCCUACACCCAACAUACUGUGGAGGUGACCAAGAUGGUUUUUACGAAAAUGAACAGGAAUGAUCUGGUGAAGAAGUUGUCAGACACAAGCUCGUGAUUCAAAGCUCCAAUCACA